CAAUGGGCAAAAAAUCGAAGAACUCAGUCACCACACAAACUCAAUGGAAAAGACUCAAGAUUGACUUUGUCGAAAGGAAAAUAGACAAGGAUGAUGUAUUUUUUGAAGAAGUCAGCGACGAGCAAUUAAAUGACAAAAUAAUUGUUCCUCUUUUCACAAGCAGUGGAACCUUUGAAGAGACUAUCGGGAUCUUAAUUCAAUGGCAAGAAUAUUUGAAAUCUCGUUCCGACAGACUCAGCGAAGUUUUCCUAUCGAAAGUCAAUUCAUAUUUUGAGCACAUUCGAAUCACGCUUGCUCUACCGUUUGAUGAGUCGAAAUGGGCAGAAUUGGAAACACUGACAGAAACUGAUCUCAACAAAACACCGAUUUUUAUCAACAAUAUUCGAACAUCUACAGUCUCUGUCAUACUCCAUCUCGAAAAUCUUAUUAAAUCGUUCCAUCUGAAUGUAAAAAGUGCAGAAAUUUUUCCAUUCGACUCUGACUCAUUUGGGCUCCCACCGAUCAAUUGCAGGAAGAUUUUGAAUCCAUUAUUAUGGAUGAAAGCAGGAAUCGAAAAGUUGAUUCAAAAUAAUUGUCAAUGCGACCAACCUCCAAUUGUUCCACUGAUUACAUUGCUAGAUCUUGCGCCAAAGGAAGGUCAUUUUCAGGAAUUAGCUAUUGCCUCAUUCUUUCUAGAGAAUACUGCCCAUAAACUUGACUAUUCAUGUUCUGAUGACGAAAAAAAGUUCCUGGAUCAGAUAAAGAUGAAGUUUGGAACAACAAAAGUUGACAAAUUAACAAUGGUUUUACCGGAUAUUCUGAUGGCAUACAGCGAAGAGCUUGUGGAAAGAGUGAUGCCAGUGUCAUAUUUCAUCCCAUUUGAACUCUUCCGUAUGAUGCUGCUCUCUUGGCAACCAAAAGUAUUGAAUCUUCGAUUAAGAACAGAAGCAUGUUCUUCUAUUGAAGAUGCUGCAAGAAUUGAAUGGGAUGACGAGGAUGUUUUCACUUCUACCACUCUUUUCAACUGUCCCUUGUUUGAUAGAUGCGAACCAGUGUGUCUUGGAGACGAAGAAAUUAUUUUGAAUUGCAAAUUGAUCGUUGAUUGCUCAGGAAGUCGUCUUUUUGAUCCCAUGUUCAACGAGGGGAACGUCUAUACUGCUGGCAGAGAUUUCUUGGUGUUAUUCCCAAUGCAAACGAUCAUAUUGAAAAGAAUUGUACCAUUGAAAGUUGGUUCAUCAGUGAAAGUUCAAUUGAAAAAACAAAUCGACUACAUAGUGAACACAUUCUUCUUCAACGCCAGCGAACACCAAGAUCGAGUUGUAAACUAUGAACUCACAUUUACCAACUCUACAGAUGUUCAAAUGAGUGCAGUGAAAAGAUGUAUACCACAAGUCGCCAAUGGACGCCAAAUUGGAGUCAAUUUGAAUGUUGAGCAAGAAACAAGAGAUUUAUUCACUGAUCAUGGCAAUUCUUGCCCUGGAAGACAUAUGUUCGCCAGUUUUUUCGAUUCAGAAAAUCAGGUUAUUGUAGAUCUAAAAGUAGUGCUGGCCAAUUAAGUUGUGCAGUAUUAUUAUUUCCUUGUUGAUUCAGUUGGUUUUCAAUUCUGAGUACUCUUUCGUUGUCUGUUCUGUUUAUUCUCAAUGCUGUUUUCUCUGUUCUUUGUUUCUCUGCUCUUUUUUCCUUUUUCAACAUAAAUUUAUGUGUAUCCCG